CAUCUUGACGGCCAAUGAGAGGCGCCCAUGUUGAUUUAUAUAAAGUGGCAGCUUCUUGUGGGAAUCCUUGGAGACGUCUCUGCUAAUGCAUGGAAAUGGGGUCAUAUAUCGAAGCCUGCUUGAUGUUACUGUGUGCGACGUGGACGUUAGCGGACAGGCCGGGAUGUCCGCCAACGUGCAAGUGCCCGGAGAUCCUCUUUUCAUGCCCCACGGGAGCUGCUCCGGCGCCGGACACCUGCGGUUGUGGGUGCACGGUUUGCGUCCAUGGCCUGAACUCUGCUUGCGAUGGAUUUAGACCGUGUGACGGUACCCAAAAUUUACUCUGCGACUACGCGGGAGACUCGGCCGGCCAACAAGGAGUGUGCAAGGUCCAUUACGAGCAUCAGUCUUGCUUCCAGGACGGCAAUGAGAUUCUCCAUGAACAAGAGUUUGAAAUAAACUGUGAAAGUCGCUGUAAAUGUGAGAAUGGGAAUAUAUUUGUGUCCCUCUGUGUCCCGAACCGGAGAAACCCCUCAUCCCCGAUUGCAAGGAAAUGCAACUAGUCACUGCUCCAGGUGAGUGCUGUGCCCAAUGGAAAUGUCUGGAGGUGUCAAGUGGGUCUGAAGACUCGGAUGAACCCUAUGAUACUUACCCAGCUGUAGAUGAUGUGUCUACGGGUGCAGAGGCAAUGAUCAGGACAAGACGAGAAGCCCCUGAUUUUGGAGGGUUCACAGAUACAGAACAGGAUGAGGAGCCACUGGAAGAACCAGCUCCCUGCAGACCCGAUACAGAAUGGACCCCAUGCUCACGCACUUGUGGAUUUGGGACUUCACUGCGAAUAGUUUACGAGAAGGAAAGUUGCAUACCUAAAGCUGAGAAGAGGCUAUGCAUGAUCAGACCCUGCAAGGGACAAUACCCCAAUGCUAACUAUACGGUCCUUAAGGCAACUAACGUCUGCAGUCGUGUCAUGCACUGGUCCCAUCCCAUGCACGUCCGUUAUCGUGACUGUCUCUCGAGCCGACCUCUGCUCCCUAAAUUCUGUGGGCUUUGCUCAGAUGGCCGUUUAUGCAAACCUUCGCUGACCCACACGCGCCCAGUGUCAUUUCAAUGUGCCAAACUCAACAGGAAAAUCACCCACCAAGUUAUGUGGGUGCAGAGGUGUGAAUGCGGUGGGAAAAAAAGGAAGCGGGGUGAGAGAGCAAAAAAGCCAAAAGUGGAGACCACAACUUCGGUAACAUCUAUUGAUUUAAAUAAAAAAGAAGACAACCAAGCCAAUGAAAUUAUGGACUGAGAUUAUAUCACUGUCAACAUCAGUGGGGUGUCGGGAGUCUGAGACUCCCACUGAUGAGACCUUUAUGAUCUGACUGAGUUGUUAGAAGGAAGUCAGUAUAUUUAGUGUCUUCUAGGCAUGACCGAACUUGUGUUUUAAGUUCGGCGUACAAGGUUUGGGUUAUCUAAGAAUUUUUCGAUGGAUUCUGCUACCACAGACCAUAACUUAUGGUCUUUGGUAGCGAAAUCCAUAACGGAAUUCUUAGAUAACCUGAACCUUGUACGCCGAACUUCAAAUACAAGUUCACUCAUCCCUAAUGUCUUCCCAAUGUUCUUGCUGUUACAUUAGAUUUUCCUAUGUAUGUGCCAUAAAUGCUUAAGAAGGGAGUAGCCCUUUAAAGGGGUUGUUCACCUUACAAUAUAAUCAGUACAAGACAUUGGGAUACUGGUAAAUUACUAAUAUGUACUCUUCAGAAGUUCUUCUGCAGCCCUUUCCCAUCCUUGACCUCUCUCCUGGCAGCCCUGUCCUACAAAUGGUGGAAGAUGGAGGGGCACGUGACCCCAUCCAUCUGCAGAUCUCACUGAAAAAAUUUGGAAACUGCACACCCGCAGCUCGUUGGACUGGAUUGUGUCAUGUGCCCCUCUUUUAGCCACCAUUUGCAGGACAGGAGUGGUGGGGCUGUCCAGAGAGGACCUGGAUGGGAAAGAAGUAAGGCCGCCAAUAUCCCCAUUACCCCAUGCCUUGUACUGAAUAUGUAUAUUGGUUGUGUGGCAUUUGGGACGCGCUGCGAUGAAGAACUGCAUGGCCAAAUAGGCCACACUGCACCCUAAUUAAGCUGAGGCCACACUGUUUAGCCGGUCUGCAUUGUUAAUGGCCACAUGGUAUUAUAUUUGGCCGCGUGGUGCUCGAACACGGCAAGGCCGCGUCACACUGACUGGGCAGUGCAGUCAUACCCAAAGACACCUAUGACCCGGCUCCUCUCUUGCAGCAGUUUAUCCUUCAGCUCAGGACCUCACCCGAGGACGGAGCAGUGGGCUUGCUUCUUGCACUGCUUUUGGUACAGAUUUGCAGUUCUUUCGAUACAGGAUCACAUGUAUGCUCUGCAUGAAGGAAAUAAAAUGCUGUCACAUGUU